GAGUAGAUUGUGUUUACUCUUCUUUAUUUACUCUUUAUUUACGUUUCUACAAUCGUGUUAGUGUGUCAAAUUAAUUAGUGAAUCUUUUCUUUAGAACCUGGCUUGUAAGAAAUUAUGUCUUAAUCAAGUGUUAGUGUGUGCAAAAUGGAUGGGAAUAUGAAAUAUUACGAAGGAUGUGGCCAAGAAGGGCCCAUUCGUUGUAUAUUCCUGUGUGAAUUUCACCCCACCGCUGGACCCAAAAUAACUUGCCAAGUGCCAGAAAAUUACAUUUCGAAAGAUAUCUUCGAUACUGUCAGCCACUACAUCAUACCAAAGGUUCAACUUCAGCGAUGCACUCUAACAGUGACCCUUCUCGGUUCGAAGAUCCUGGGUUUCCCAGUGAGGAUCGACAAUAAGAAGUACGCCCGCAACGCGUAUUAUUUUAAUCUUUGCUUCGUGUGCGACGCGUGGGCCAGGACGGUUCAUCUUGAGCCCUUAGUCAAAAAACUCACAGAGUAUCUCCUAUCGAUGGAGUUGGAGUCAGAGUGGUUGUCGAAGCAGUCGACGUCAGGUGACGCGAAGGACCUCGGCUGUCUGAUGCGGCAGGUCAUGCAGGACAUCAACUGCAGGAGAAUGUGCACGCUAACCGUUGGUACGACAACGACCCACCUGACCGUGGUCCGGGUGAACAGCGAUCCGGCUCCCGUUAAAGAUCACCAGGUCCCGGUCUUCUUGUACAGCAGACGGUCUUUUGUGACGGACCAAUGGGACCUCACCACUAAUCAGAUACUCCCCUACAUUGACGGCUUCAACCACGUUUCCAAGAUCGCAGCCCUGACGGACGUGGAGAUCAGUCUGGUACGAGCCUGCGUCCAGAACCUGGUGUACUACGGCGUGGUGACCCUUGUGCCCAUCUUCCAGUACUGCGCGGUCUACAGCGCGACGCCGAAGCUAAGACAGCUGACGAGAUGCGCAGGCCUUCAGAGACAGUGCGUCGAAUUCUGUGCCAGAUCUCCACGGCACUUGCCCAAAGUCAGCGAUAUAUUCCGUAUGUACGCCGGAAUGUCGUAUGGGAGUACCAUCAAGGACCUCUGCAGGAGGAUGAAGCCACAGGAACUAGCUAUAAACGAGAGGAAGUUGGUGCUAUUCGGAGUGCUCGAGGGUCUUAUACGAAGGGUUUAUAAGUAUCCAAUAACUUUGAACGACGAGACGGCGUCGCUUCGAAGCGACCACAGCCAGUCGGUAGCGAGGACGUACAACGGGCUCGUGUGCCUGGACGAGCUGUGCUGCCAGGCGGGUCUGUCCGCGUCGCAGCUCGACGACCAACUGGAGCGGGACACGAACGUCGCCUUCAUCGUCAAGUGAGGGUAGUUCGAAAAUGGAACUUAAAAUAAA